CUGACGUCACAUUAGUUUCCCUCAGUUUUGCGUCAAUACAUUUUCAUAGAAGCACAUUUGUAUAAAGCCAAAAUUGUUCAACGUGUUCUUUUUUUUGCUUAUUACUUUUCGCGGUUUUAGUAGUUAAUAUUUUAUUCCAAUGUCAAUGCCAUUUGGAUCGUAUGAUCAACGCCGUGUAUCGCGUUGGUUUUUCGGGGGAGUGGCCAGUUCUAUGGCAGCUGUAGUAACACAUCCUUUGGACCUUUUGAAAGUGCUAAUGCAGACGCAAGCGGAAAAACUAUCCACUGUGGCCACCACAAAGAAAAUUGUUAGAGAGCAGGGCGUUCUGGCCUUGUAUAAUGGGAUAUCUGCCUCCAUGUUGCGUCAAUAUACAUAUGCAUUGACCCGUUUUGCUGUCUACAAUUUUGGUACCAAGAACAUGGACACUAGUACCAUGUCCCGUAAGGUGUUACUUGCUGGAGCUGCUGGCCUUGUUGGAGGUUUUGCGGGGGCUCCGGCUGAUUUACUCAAUGUGCGGCUACAGAACGAUGUGAAAUUACCUAGAGAAAAGCGUCGCAACUAUAAGCAUGUCUUCGAUGGCCUGGCCCGUGUGUGUCAGGAGGAGGGUUGGCAGCAUCUGUUUAAUGGUGCCGGCAUUGCAGCCAUACGUGGCAUGCUCAUGACAGUGGGGCAAAUCGCCUUCUACGAGCAGAGCAAGGACGUGCUGGUCGCCAGUUUCAAUAUGGAGCGAAAUAUGAACACGUAUGUGGUUGCCUCGCUUAUAGCCGCAAUUGCCGGCACAUCUAUAACCCAACCCAUAGAUGUGGUUAAGACGCGUCGCAUGAAUGCCCAGCCCGGUGAAUAUUCUGGACUUUCCGAUGUUUUCAUCAAGACAGCCAAAGAGGGGCCGCUCGCCUUUUAUAAAGGAUAUGUGCCCGCAUUGACUCGCCUUAUGCCCCACACUGUAUUAAUGUUCUUGGGAAUUGAAUUUCUGCGCACUCAUUUUGGCUACCUGCCGGAGCCAAAACAGGUCGCCCUGCCACACCCAUAUGACAUACCCGCUCCUAUUCUCAAUCCAGAUCUCGAGAAAUGGAAUGACGAUUGAAAUCCAAUCAAAGCUAAAUGUAAUAUUUUACAAACAACAAAAAAUUUCCUGUAAUUGUGUAUGCAUUGUCUAUAAAUAAUUGAAUAAACAAAAAAUUACCAGUUUA